AUGGCACUCGUUCUGGUUUCCCAAGAGCAGCGGAAGCGCCUUUCAGCGGAACAGUUCAACCAGAUCCAGCGCAACUACUGGCUAUUGAAUACUCCCGCUGGACGCAGCGGAGGCGACUGUGUUGUCACCUAUGAGGGCCAAAACGCACGCCUUUAUCGAGACAUCAUCUGUGAACGCAGCAGCUUCUUCCGGCUUCAGCUUCCCCCCACAGUCUUCAAAGAGAGCUCCUUGCAUCAAGUUUCACUGGAAGGGUUCGUGAGCGCACCGUAUCUUCGGAUGAUUAUUCAGUUCAUUUACCUGUCAAUCCCAGAGGCAGGUUAUGCCCUGGAUAUGUACGGGCCGAUGAGCGAUGCAGUCUUCUACAAGCACAUGUUUGAGCUCUACCGUCAGGCCUGCUACCUCAUGGUCCCUAGCCUGACGCAAGCAAUCAUUGCAGAGCUCAAGAAGCGACUUGAGCAGGCUGCCUCGAUAGUGUUUCAAAAUCAAUAUACAGCAGAUCCUAGGUUCAAGACGGUAUUCAGAAACACCAUGGAGGUAGUCGUCCAUGCCUACGACAACUCCAAUGAACACCACGAGGUCUACAACCCACUCCGCGCCUACCUAUUCCGCUGGGUCGAGCUUUGCUAUCCUGUCCUUUCCCGCGAAGGCGACGACUUUUACGAAUACCUGGGUCACGCACCCAUGCUGGCCGUCACGAUCCUCAAAACGAACCACAACAUCCGCAACUCCAAUUUCAUUCUUCCAGGCCCUGGGGUCCGUUGCGGGUUCUGCGAUGUCCGCCUCGGAAGUGAUUAUGCUUCGAAGGAUGUGAUUGGGAAGUCUAAAUUCGGACUCUUUGCGGAUGCAAGGGGAGGUGUCAGAUACAUCUGCAGCGGCAGUGGCUGCCUCCGCCAGCUCAGCGUUAGUAUGUUUCGUGGUGGCAGACCCUAA